AAAAGACAUGAAUGUACUACUCAUUGUCAACAAAAAUGUCGCCUUUAGGCAUUCUUUUUGUGUGUCUCUCUGUGGUGGCAUGUUCUGCCUCCCAAGUCAAUAGAAUUGUGGGCGGUGAAGCCACAACCGUGGAGAAAUAUCCCAUCAUAGUCCAAGUCGAGCAUUUGAUUGGUUUAAAUGUGUUUUCCCAAAUGUGCGCCGGUAGUGUGCUGACGAGACGUACUAUACUCUCAGCCGCCCAUUGCUUUGAUGUUAGUCCAACAUCUCAGCAACGCUAUCGUAUCCGAGCUGGCAGUUCAUAUCGCAGUGUCGGCGGCAUUAUCAGACAAGUCGCCAUCAUCUUCAAUCACCCGACAUGGGGUCUGAAUGACUACGAUGGUGAUGCUACUCUCCUCUACCUCGAGAGUCCACUGGAGUAUACGGAUGUUAUCAAACAGGCGACUAUAGUGGCUAGUGGAUUUGUCGCCCCUGAUAACUUACCGAUUACACAUAUCGGUUGGGGAAUGACUGAUUUCCCUGGUGACCGUGCUGAAGUUCUUCAAGAAGUCAACGUUUUCUCUAUCAAUAAUGAUCUAUGUCGCGAGAGAUACGAAGCCAGUGUUCCUCCAAGAGUGGUGACCACUAACAUGAUCUGUGCGGGUCUUAUCGAUGUUGGAGGCAAAGGCCCUUGCUGGGGAGACUCUGGAGGUCCUGUAUUCUUUGAAAAUAUUGUAAUUGGAAUCGUCGCUUUUGGUGAAGGAUGUGCCAACAAGACUACUCCAGGAGUGAAUACUGCUGUUUCAUCGUAUACUGAAUGGAUUGUUGCAAAUGCUAUUUGAAUUUAAAUUUAGUUAUUGUGUUUGGAUGUCAUUAAUAUUUUUUUGGU